GUGGGGGAGUCGGUGUUGGCCGCGGGCGGGCGGGCCGUCAGCUGCCUGGCCCGUCGCCUACCUCCCCGCCCCCCGGCUUCCUGCGGAGGCCGCGGCCGCCAUGUUGUUGUGGGGCUGAGGCGGCGCCGCGGAGCCCGAGCGCCCGUGACAGGCUGCGCAACAGGUUCGCUGUGGGCGGCCUGGCGACGAACCGGGCGGCGGCGGCAGCGGUGGCCGACCAGGGUCUCCCGGCGUCCGUCCGCGACCGCGUUGCCGGUGCCGAGGGGCGCGGGGUCGCGCUGUGACGUGCAGGAGGCGCGGCGCGGGCGCCAGAUGGCUGAGAGCUAGCAAGGAAAAUUCAGGACCAUGAUGGCUCAGUUUCCCACAGCUAUGAAUGGAGGGCCAAACAUGUGGGCUAUUACCUCUGAGGAACGGACUAAGCAUGACAAGCAGUUUGAUAACCUCAAACCCUCAGGAGGUUACAUAACAGGUGAUCAAGCACGUACAUUUUUCUUACAGUCAGGCCUGCCGGCUCCUGUUUUAGCUGAAAUAUGGGCUUUAUCAGAUCUGAACAAGGAUGGGAAGAUGGAUCAGCAAGAGUUCUCCAUAGCAAUGAAACUCAUCAAGCUAAAGCUGCAGGGCCAACAGUUGCCCGUGGUCCUCCCUCCUAUUAUGAAACAACCUCCUAUGUUCUCUCCAUUAAUUUCUGCUCGUUUCGGAAUGGGAAGCAUGCCCAAUCUGUCCAUUCCUCACUCAUUGCCUCCAGUUGCACCUAUGGCAACCCCCUUAUCCUCUGCGACUUCAGGGACCACCCUUCCUCCCUUAAUGAUGCCUGCUCCCCUAGUGCCUUCUGUUAGCACAUCAUCACUACCAAAUGGAACUGCUGGCCUCAUUCAGCCUUUAUCCAUUCCUUAUUCUUCUUCAACAUUGCCUCAUACGUCAUCUUACAGUCUCAUGAUGGGAGGACUCGGCGGCGGUGCUAGUUUACAGAAAGCCCAGUCUCUGAUUGAUCUAGGAUCUAGUAGCUCAACUUCCUCAACUGCUUCACUAUCAGGGAACUCGCCCAAGACUGGGACCUCAGAGUGGGCAGUUCCUCAGCCUUCAAGAUUAAAAUAUCGACAAAAAUUUAAUAGUCUUGACAAAAGUAUGAGUGGAUACCUCUCAGGUUUUCAAGCUAGAAAUGCUCUUCUUCAGUCAAAUCUUUCCCAAACUCAGCUAGCUACUAUUUGGACCCUGGCUGACAUUGAUGGUGACGGACAGCUGAGAGCUGAAGAGUUCAUCCUUGCGAUGCACCUCACUGACAUGGCCAAAGCCGGACAACCGUUACCACUGACGUUGCCUCCUGAACUUGUCCCUCCGUCUUUCAGGGGAGGAAAGCAAAUUGAUUCUAUUAAUGGAACUCUGCCUUCAUAUCAGAAAAUUCAAGAAGAGGAACCUCAGAAGAAAUUACCAGUUACUUUUGAGGACAAGCGGAAAGCCAACUACGAGCGAGGAAACGUGGAGCUAGAGAAGCGACGCCAAGCGCUGAUGGAGCAGCAGCAGAGGGAGGCAGAACGGAAGGCCCAGAAAGAAAAGGAAGAGUGGGAGCGCAAACAGAGAGAAUUGCAGGAGCAAGAAUGGAAGAAGCAACUUGAAUUAGAAAAACGCUUGGAGAAGCAGAGGGAACUGGAAAGACAGCGGGAGGAAGAAAGGAGAAAAGAAAUAGAAAGACGAGAGGCAGCAAAACAGGAACUGGAAAGACAACGUCGUAUAGAAUGGGAGAGGAUUCGUCGACAGGAGCUUCUCAAUCAAAGGAAUAGAGAACAGGAAGAAAUUGUCAGGUUAAACUCUAAAAAGAAGAGUCUUCAUCUCGAGUUGGAAGCACUGAAUGGCAAACAUCAGCAGAUCUCAGGCAGACUUCAAGAUGUCCGACUCCGAAAACAAACUCAAAAGACUGAGCUAGAAGUUCUAGAUAAGCAAUGUGACCUGGAAAUCAUGGAAAUCAAGCAACUGCAACAAGAACUUCAGGAUUAUCAAAAUAAGCUUAUCUAUUUGGUACCUGAGAAGCAGUUACUAAAUGAAAGAAUUAAGAACAUGCAACUCGGUAACACACCUGAUUUAGGGAUUGGUUUGCUUCAUAAAAAAUCAUUGGAAAAGGAAGAAUUAUGCCAAAGACUUAAAGAACAAUUAGACGCUCUUGAAAAAGAAACUGCAUCUAAGCUAUCCGAAAUGGAUUCAUUUAACAAUCAACUAAAGUGUGGGAAUAUGGAUGACUCUGUUCUGCAGUGCCUUUUGUCUCUGCUAAGCUGUCUCAACAACCUCUUCCUCUUACUUAAGGAACUGAGAGAAAGCUACAACACACAGCAGUUAGCACUUGAACAACUUCAUAAAAUCAAACGUGACAAGUUGAAGGAAAUUGAAAGAAAACGGUCAGAGCUAAUACAGAAAAAGAAACUAGAAGAUGAGUCUAUCAGGAAAGCAAAGCAAGGAAAAGAAAACUUAUGGAGAGAAAGUCUUAGAAAGGAGGAAGAAGAAAAACAAAAGCGACUCCAGGAAGAAAAAACACAAGAGAAAGUUCAAGAAGAGGAGCGGAAAUUGGAGGAGAAGCAGUGUGAGCCAGCUAGUGCUUUGGUCAAUUAUAAAGCAUUGUAUCGCUUUGAAGCCAGGAGCCAUGAUGAGAUGAGUUUUAAUUCUGGGGAUAUAAUACAGGUUGAUGAAAAAACCAUAGGAGAACCUGGUUGGCUUUAUGGUAGUUUUCAAGGAAAUUUUGGCUGGUUUCCAUGCAACUACGUAGAAAAAAUGCCAUCAGGUGAAAAAUCUGUGUCUCCUAAGAAGGCCUUACUUCCCCCUACAGUAUCUGUAUCUGCUACCUCAACUUCCUCUGAAUCACUUUCUUCAAAUCAACCAGCAUCAGUGACUGAUUAUCAAAAUGUAUCUUUUACAAACCUAACUGUUAAUACAUCAUGGCAGAAAAAGUCAGCUUUUACUCGUACUGUGUCCCCUGGAUCUGUAUCACCGAUUCAUGGACAGGGACAGGUUGUAGAAAACCUAAAGGCACAGGCCCUUUGUUCUUGGACUGCAAAGAAAGAUAACCACUUGAACUUCUCAAAACAUGAUAUUAUUACUGUCUUGGAGCAGCAAGAAAAUUGGUGGUUUGGGGAAGUACAUGGAGGAAGAGGAUGGUUUCCAAAAUCUUAUGUCAAAAUCAUCCCUGGGAGUGAAGUCAAGCGGGAAGAACCAGAAGCUUUGUAUGCAGCUAUAAACAAGAAACCUACCUCUGCGGCCUCUACCGUUGGAGAUGAGUAUAUUGCACUUUAUUCAUAUUCAAGUGUAGAACCUGGAGUGACUUUCAUUGAAGGUGAAGUAUUGGUGACCCAGAAAGAUGGAGAGUGGUGGACAGGAAGCAUUGGAGAUAGAACUGAUUUUCCGUCAAAUUAUGUCAAGCCAAAGAUCAAGAGUUUUGGGAGUGCUAGCAAUCUGGAACAUCAAACCAAGAAACCUGAGAUUGCUCAAGUAACUUCAGCAUAUGUGGCUUCUGGUUCUGAACAACUAAGUCUUGCACCAGGGCAGUUAAUAUUAAUCCUAAAGAAAAAUUCAAGCGGGUGGUGGCAAGGGGAAUUACAGGCCAGAGGAAAAAAGCGACAGAAAGGAUGGUUUCCUGCCAGCCACGUUAAACUUUUGGGUCCAAGCAGUGAAAGAACUACACCUGCCUUUCAUCCUGUGUGUCAGGUGAUUGCCAUGUAUGACUAUGUUGCAAAUAAUGAGGAUGAGCUGAAUUUCUCCAAGGGACAGCUUAUCAAUGUUUUGAACAAAGAUGAUCCUGACUGGUGGCAGGGCGAAAUCAACGGGGUGACUGGUCUCUUUCCUUCAAACUAUGUUAAGAUGACAACAGACUCCGAUCCAAGUCAACAGUGGUGCGCGGACCUCCAGAGCCUGGACACCAUGCAGCCGGGGGAGAGGAAGAGGCAGGGCUACAUCCAUGAGCUGAUCCAGACAGAGGAGCGGUACGUGGACGACCUGCAGCUUGUCGUGGAGGUUUUUCAGAAACGGAUGGUGGAGUCAGGCUUUCUCGCUGAAGGAGAAAUGGCCUUAAUCUUUGUAAACUGGAAGGAGCUCAUCAUGUGUAACACGAAGCUGCUGAAGGCUUUGCGGGUCCGGAAGAAGACGGGAGGAGAGAAGAUGCCCGUGCAAACGAUCGGGGACAUCCUGGCCGCUGAGCUGUCCCACAUGCAGGCUUACAUCCGGUUCUGUAGCUGUCAGCUGAACGGAGCAGCUCUGUUACAGCAGAAAACGGACGAAGACACAGAGUUCAAGGAAUUUUUAAAGAAGCUGGCGUCUGACCCUCGCUGUAAGGGGAUGCCCCUGUCCAGCUUCCUGCUGAAGCCCAUGCAGAGGAUCACCCGCUACCCUCUUCUCAUCAGAAGCAUUCUGGAGAACACCCUGGAGAAUCACGUAGACCACUCCUCCCUAAAGCUGGCUCUUGAGCGGGCAGAGGAGCUUUGCUCCCAAGUUAAUGAAGGAGUUCGGGAAAAAGAAAAUUCCGACCGGCUGGAGUGGAUCCAGGCCCACGUUCAGUGUGACGGUCUGGCAGAGCAACUGAUUUUCAACUCCCUCACCAACUGCCUGGGGCCCCGGAAGCUUCUGCACAGUGGAAAGUUAUAUAAGACCAAGAGCAAUAAGGAGCUACAUGGAUUCCUCUUCAACGACUUUCUGCUCCUGACCUACAUGGUCAAGCAGUUUGCUGUUUCCUCAGGCUCUGAGAAGCUUUUCAACUCUAAGUCCAAUGCCCAGUUCAAAAUGUAUAAAACGCCCAUUUUCCUGAACGAAGUCUUGGUGAAACUGCCCACAGACCCUUCCAGCGAUGAGCCCGUCUUCCACAUUUCUCACAUUGACCGGGUCUACACCCUCCGAACAGACAACAUUAACGAGAGGACUGCCUGGGUCCAGAAGAUCAAGGCGGCCUCUGAGCAGUACAUCGACAGAAAGAAGAAACGGGAAAAAGCUUAUCAAGCUCGCUCGCAAAAGACUUCAGGCAUUGGACGUCUGAUGGUGCAGGUCAUCGAAGCUACAGAAUUAAAAGCCUGUAAACAAAUGGGAAAGAGCAAUCCAUACUGUGAAAUCAGCAUGGGCUCCCAGAGCUAUACCACCAGGACCCUCCCGGACACGCUCAAUCCCAAGUGGAACUUUAACUGCCAGUUCUUUAUUAAGGAUCUCUACCAAGAUGUGUUGGUCUCCCAUGUUUGACAGAGACCAGUUUUCACGGAUGAUUUCCUGGGUCGUACUGAGGUUCCGGGCAAAAUUCGCACAGAACAGGAAAGCAAAGGCCCCAAACCCGCCGACUCCCUGCUACACGAGGUCCCCACAGGAGAGGUCUGGGUCCGCUUUGACCUAAAGCUUUUUGAGCAAAAAACUCUCCUGUAGAGGGCUCAGGGGAUUGCCCAAAAGCCUGUGGCUAGAGCCAGAUGGCCGGUGCUGCACUGGGCCGAAGGAGCACCGCGGCUUCAACCAUCACGGGCCACGCGCGGCAGCGCGAUUUUCUUGCACCACUAAAUUGCUAGCAAUCUAUGCAACCAUGAUCUUUCCUAUAAAUAAACCAAACCCAUAGCACAGUGCCUUGUAUUAGUGUUAACAUCUCUGGCUGUGUUAGAUGCCAGGGUUUCCAAUUUUUCCGGGCUAUAAAAAGUAUUACGUGGAAAUGAGGCAUCAGAACACUGGACACUGUCCCGUGGGUUGAAUGUACCCAGGGCGGGUGUUUUGGUGACACUGUAGCCAUCCCCUGCCGGGGGGCCCGGGCCAGAAGUCAGGGGGGUCGUGCCGUGCCAUAGGCGCUCAGGAGGUGGAGGACUGGGGAGAAGCACUGCCACCUCUGCGCAGGCACAGCCUCGUGCUGAAGUCGGUCUUACUCUCUGCACUGAACAAAAACACAAACUUGAUCAUUUUGUUCCCGAUUAGAUUUAUCAUCUCUGCUGAGACAAUAGAGUUUGAAUAUAAAGGGGAAAGGCUUGAUUUACUUUAAAUACUGUGAACUCUAAUGAUAUGGAAAUAUUUUUCAACUUUAAUUUUCUGAAAUAUAAAUUAUUUAUGUAAUUCCUUGUUUUGCCUAUUUCAUAGGACAUGCAUCUUUAAGCUUUAUCAUGCCAAUAUGUACAGAAAGAAUAAAAAUAUAAGUUUAUGAAUGUAA